AAAAACCAAAAGACGAAGAAAAGUCUUGUAAAGUCAACUAAAACAAUGACGUUUGCUUAACUUCUCCAAGUCUUAAUGUAUAAUAUCAUUUUCAAUAUUGACUUAGUCCUUUUAGAAAUUUCCACUAGCUCAUCUCUUUGUCUCCUUCACUAGAUUUUUUCUUAUUCUGUUUUAUCUUUGUUUAUUCAAAUUAUUAUCUACUCUGCUUUAACUCAAACCAACUCAGAGAAAAAAGAGAACUUUUUCAGAUAUCAAUCAUGUUCUCUCCAGUACUCUUCAGAUUCUCUAAACCCAACUCUUGUCUGGUCUUGCUCUUUUUCUUGACCUCUUUUAACCAACUACCUUGGGCUUUAAGUAAACAAGAGAAUAGGUUAUGUCAUACUCUGUUUCAGUGUGGGAAUCUCACAGCAGGUUUCCCUUUCUGGGGAGGUGCUCGGCUCCAACCUUGUGGUCAUCCAUCUUUGGGGCUUCGCUGCGACAAUAGAACAAAUUCUACUUUCCUAGUGAUCUCAAGCUUGAUGUACCAGGUUUUCCAAGUAAACACCACAACUGGUACACUUAAAUUAGCAAGGCAAGACUUUUUAGGUCCAUUUUGCGAGGCUACAUUAAGUGGCGAAACGUUGACUCCUGAACUCUUUGAGCUUUUGCCGGACUACAAGACCCUCUUUGCUCACUACUUAUGCAACCCUCCUACUCAUCAUCCUUUGAAUUUCUCAUGUCCACAUAUGGGUGUUGGCUUGAUGCAUCAGAAAGAUGACUAUAUCGAGCAUUGUGGUGGGAGUUUCAACAUCACUGUUCCCAUGAGUUAUGCUCCUGAGGAGAAACAUUUGAAUGUGACCAAAUUGGAAAGUGUUCUUAAAGAAGGAUUUGAGGUGAAGCUGAGGAUUCAUGAGAAGUGUCAAGACUGUAAAUCCACUGGUGGAAUCUGCUCCUACAAUGAUUCCACUCCAGUUUGCUGCAAGACAAACUUGUCAUCAGACACCAAAUGCAUUCCAAUGAUUCCAUCUGUUGAUAAGCGUCACUUACACUGCAGUCAUUUGUUUAAAUGCGGCAAUCAGACAGAACUCUAUUAUCCAUUUUGGACAGCUGAUAGAGAAGAGUGCGGUCACCCGGAUUUCGAGGUCACCUGCAGCGGAGAUUUCGCAGAGUUUAGUAUAUCUUCGGUAAAGUUCCAAAUCCUUGAGAUGAACUAUGAGUCUCGUAUAGUAAGACUUGCCAGAAAAGAUUAUCUCAACAAUCUCUGUCCUCAGCAUCUUGAGACCGCACUAAUCAACAAAGAGGUGCUUCCAUUAUAUAAAGACACUGAAGUGCUAACUUUUUUCUACAACUGCUCUGAUCAUCCCGUUGAUUACAUUAGUCAGCUUCAGUGUUGGCCUGAUGAUACUUACGAGGAGAGUUACUUUGUGAGAAAAGAGUUCCCAUCUUCGCAUGAGUUUACGUCAUCCUGCAAAAAGACCAUUGAUGUUGCCGUUUCUCGAUCUGCCUUGAAAACAGCAGAGAUAAAUCAGAGUGAGGAGACGAUAAAGAAGGCUCUUGAUAAGGGUUUCGAGCUUACAUUCAACAGAGAUUGUUCCCGUUGCGUAAAAUCAAAGGGUUCUUGUGGAUAUAAUCAGCAGUUGAGAGAAUUUGUUUGCUAUUGUAUAAAUGAGCCUCACAAGCAUACUUGUGGAGAGGGUAAUGUUUCUUUUGCUCCGGUUUCUCUGACUACUUCGACUGAUUUAAGCAUCGGAUUCGCUUGUGGAUUCGUGGGUGCCACUCUUAUUAUCGGAUUUUUGUUCUGUUUCAUCACCCGGAGAAGAAAGAAACUUGCAGCUCAAUACACAAGCAAAGACCUGUCAACAACAAUGACUUACUCGAGCAAUACAAUGUCAAACACACCAACUUCCACAACAAUUUCUGGCAGCAAUCACUCUCUUGUGCCCUCAAUGUCUAACCUUGCAAACAGCGCCUACUUUGGAGUUCAAGUCUUCACCUACGAAGAACUUGAGGAAGCCACUGAGAAUUUCUCUACAGAGCUUGGAGAUGGAGGCUUCGGGACUGUCUACUACGGAACACUAAAAGACGGACGAGUUGUAGCUGUAAAACGUCUCUUCGAGAGAUCACUAAAACGCGUUGAGCAAUUCAAGAACGAAAUCGAGAUCUUGAGGUCCCUAAAACACCCAAACUUAGUAAUCCUAUACGGAUGCACAACAAGACAUAGCAGAGAGUUACUCCUAGUCUACGAAUACAUCUCCAACGGCACACUCGCUGAACAUCUCCAUGGAAACCAAGCACAAUCUCGUCCCCUUAGCUGGCCUGCUCGACUCCAAAUCGCCAUCGAAACCGCAAGCGCAUUGUCCUUUCUCCACACCAAAGGAAUCAUACACAGAGACGUCAAGACUACUAACAUUCUCCUAGAUAGCAAUUACCAAGUGAAAGUAGCUGAUUUCGGACUCUCACGGCUUUUUCCGAUGGAUCAAACACACAUCUCCACCGCACCACAAGGCACUCCAGGGUAUGUAGAUCCUGAGUACUACCAAUGUUACCGUCUCAACGAGAAAAGCGACGUAUACAGCUUCGGAGUCGUCCUCUCCGAAUUAAUCUCAUCAAAAGAAGCGGUAGACAUCACCAGGCACCGCCAAGAUAUUAACCUAGCGAACAUGGCGAUUUCGAAGAUCCAAAACGACGCCGUUCACGAACUCGCGGAUCAAUCACUCGGAUUCGAGAGAGAUCCUUCCGUGAAGAAGAUGAUGUCGUCGGUCGCUGAAUUAGCGUUCCGGUGUUUGCAACAGGAGAGAGAAGUAAGGCCAUCGAUGGAGGAGAUCGUUGAGGUUUUGAGAGGGAUUCAGAAGGAAGGGAUGAUAGGAGAUUCGAAAGAUGUGGUGGUGGAGAUUGAUGUGAACGGUGGUGGUGAUGAUGUUGGAUUGUUGAAACACGGUGUUCCUCCGCCGUUAUCGCCGGAGACUGAUAAAAUGACGGCGAGUAGUUCAAAUACGACGGCGAGUUCGUUUUGAAAGAAGGUAGGAAGAGAGACUCUGGACCAAAAGGAGAGUUCGUUUUGUCAGUAAAUAAAAAGAAAAAUAUUGUUAAGUUUCACCUUUUGACUUUUUGACUUUUAUUUUUUUGAUUUUGCACCAAUAGAAUCAAUCAGACUGUUUUUGCUUUCAACAAAAUGUACUAAUCA